ACCGUCGUCUCUCUCUCUCUCUAUCUCUCUCUCUCUCUCUUUUUCUCUUUCAUUAUAUUUUUAAGCAAUGGACAAAAUAGAAAAAGCUGUGAUUCUACUGACGUUACUGAGUUUGUGUAUUGCUCACUCUCUGGGUUUUAAUGUGGGGACUAAAGACGCCACGAUCUUCUCAGGAUCUGCAGCACAAGAGUUUGGAUACACUGUACAACAGUUAAGCACUGAUCAAGGAAAAUGGUUAUUGGUUGGUUCUCCCUGGAGUGGAUUCCCUCAAAACAGAAAAGGAGACCUUUAUAAGUGUGACAUUGGUGAUCCCAGAAACCCCUGCCAGAAACUAAACUUUCAGGAUUCUGUCAUCAUUGAUGGUGUGCAAAGUAUCAACACCAACACGAGUCUGGGUCUGACUCUCAUUCCUGUGAAAAAACGAUUUAUGAUGUGUGGUCCUCUGUGGGCUCAGCGCUGUGGAAGUCAGUACUUUUACCCAGGUGUCUGUGCUGAAGUGACCCAACGCUUUACCCUCAAGUCAGCCUUUUCACCUGCUAUUCAAACUUGUGGUGGGCCAAUGGAUGUUGCCAUUGUUUUAGACGGAUCUAACAGUAUUUACCCCUGGUCUGAUGUUAGAAAAUUUCUUUUAAACCUUUUGGAAAACCUUGAUAUUGGACCAGAUCAAACUCGAGUCAGUAUUAUGCAGUAUUCAGAGGAUUUGUCUUUUCUUUACCAUUUUAGCUCUGAUCAAAAUAGGCAGAAAGUUCUUUCAGCGGCUUCUGAUAUUGACCAAAAAACUGGUCAAGAAACCAAUACAUUUGCAGCACUCGACAAAGCAAGAGAACAGGCUUUCCUACCUGAAAACGGUGGACGUCCGGGUGCCACUAAGGUGCUGGUAGUGGUGACAGAUGGAGAAUCUGCUGAUGGGUAUAGAGGUCAAGAGGUCAUUAAGAAACUUGACAGAGAUGGCAUCAUCCGCUUUGGAAUUGCUAUUCUGAAGGAAAGUGCCAAUAUUCAAAAAUUUGUUGAGGAGAUUGAACUGAUUGCUAGCACUCCAACAGAAAACUACAUGUUUAAUGUGUCGUCAGAAGGAGCUCUCAUCGACAUCACAGCAACUCUGGGUGAAAGAAUCUUUAACAUUGAAGGAACCGGUCAAGGCCAGGAAUUCCAAUUAGAGAUGUCUCAAGUCGGAUUCAGCGCACAUCACACCUAUAAAAAGAAUGAGAUUAUGCUUGGUGCUGUUGGUGCAUAUGGAUGGACUGGGACAAUUGUCCAUCAAACAGCUGAUAAAUCACAAAUUUUCCCCAAAAAUGCUUUUGAGAAAGUCUUGGAUGACAGAAACCACAGUUCAUUACUCGGCUACUCUGUGAGCUCUGUGACUGACGGCUCGUCUGAGUAUUAUGUGGCCGGUGCUCCUCGUGCCGUUCACAGAGGACAGGUUGUAGUUUACAGCAUUAACAGCCAGAAACAGGCCGUCGUCAUAGACUCUCAGAGAGGAGAUCAGAUCGGCUCUUAUUUUGGCAGUGUUCUCUGUUCUGUGGAUGUGGACGCUGACGGUGUAACAGAUCUGCUGCUGGUCGGAGCUCCAAUGUACAUGAGCGAGGAGAAAACUGAAACCGGACGAGUCUACAUGUUCACCAUUAACAAGGGCAUUUUAAGCAAGCAGGGGAUUUUAGAAGGUCCCUCUGUAUUUGAGAAUGCUCGGUUUGGGAUGACUAUCAUUGCUGUCCCAGAUCUCAACCUGGAUGGCUUCAGUGAUGUGGUGGUUGGAGCACCAAUGGAGGCCAAUGGCCAAGGUGCCAUUUACAUCUACUAUGGAGACAGAAAAAGCAUCAGAACGCAGAGCUCACAGAGAAUACUUGGAACAAAGCUGGACCCAAAAAUGCGUUUCUUUGGACGCUCUUUAGAUAGUCGUGAAGACAUGAACAGAGACUCCAUCCCUGAUAUUUCAGUCGGAGGUGAAGGGAAAGUAGUGCAGCUCUGGUCAAGAGGAAUUGCAUCAGUCUCCGCAAGAGUCUCCUUCUACCCAGAGAAGGUCAGCAUUGUUAAUAAACCUUGUCUAUUUGGAGGAAAAAUGGUGCCGUGUGUCACUGCCAAAGUUUGUUUUAGGUCCACAUUUAGACCCACAGCUUUGGAUAAAGUAGAUAUCAAGUACAGCCUGAUGCUGGAUGCCGACCUGCAGUCAUCAAGAGUCACUUCGAGAGCACAGUUUGAAAACAAAGACCGAACUAUUCAAAAAGAAGUCAGCAUCUUUGACAAAGAGACUUGUGUGGAUCAUAUUUUUUAUGUGCAGGAGACUCCGGAUUUUAUUAGUCCACUUGCUUUGCGUGUCAACAUCAGUUCACAAGAUACAGACAACGGUCCAGUCCUGGAUGCAUUUCUGCCCAGAGCAUGGGAAUUUUUUGUCCCUUUUGUAAAGGAUUGUGGCUCUGAUGAUAAAUGUACUUGUGACCUGAAGCUGACUGUGAAAGCUGUUAAUGUGCCAAGCUCGUCUUCACUUCUAGUCGGCCCUGACAGAAGAAGACUCCCCAUCAUGGUAACAGUAACCAACACAAAGGAAAAUGCGUACAAUACAAGAGUGUCGGCGAACUUCUCCAGUAACCUGUUCUACGCCUCUUUUACACCACCUGCAAACAACAUUGAGGUGAAAUGCACUUCAAAGACAGGUUCACUCGACUGCCAAGUUGCAUAUCCAACCCUGCUACCCGGCCAGACGGUAACAUUCGAGAUCAACUUUGACUUUAAUCUGAAUCAGCUACAGAAAAACGCUGUUGUGAACUUUGAAGCACAAAGUGACAGCGAAGAGGAAGUGACUUCUGAUAACAAGGUCCCCCUCUCCAUUCCAGUCCAGUAUGAUGCCGAAAUCAUCCUCACCAGAGACAUAAACUUGGAUUUUUGCAUGAUUGGAGAAGAGGAUCUAGUCAAAAAUAAAGUAUCAAAUUUUGAUGACAUCGGCCGAGAAUUCAACAUAACAUUAAGAGUUUCCACUGGAACCUUCCCAGUAAAUCAGGCUCAUCUGAGCGUCUCACUGCCCACCAAAACCAAGAAUGGAGAUCAUUUACUAUACUUGACUUCAGUCAAAACAUCACCUGCUGCAAAUGUGCGAUGUGACGACAGUCAACUGAUUGACCCUCUGAAGAUCAGAGAGAAAACAUACACGGCCAGCUUCACUAAACAGAGCUUCAGAGGAGCCACGGAACUGAACUGUAAAUUAUCUAAAUGUGAACAGAUGAUUUGUCUCCUCAAAGAUCUGGAGAUGAAGAGCAGCUACUUUAUAAACAUCACUGCCAGAAUCUGGAAUGGCACAUUUGCUUAUGCAGAUUUUCAGACAGUUUUACUGACUGGAAGCGCAGAAGUAGAAACAUCUCAGCCUGAUCUCAUCGUGGUCAUUCACAAACAACAGCAGAUCAAAAUUAAAGUCGUUAAAGAAAAAGCAAUUGGAGAUAUUCCUAUAGGCAUCAUCAUAGGAAGUGUUCUCGGCGGCCUGCUCCUAUUUGCUCUGGUUACAGCGAUCCUCUGGAAGGUUGGCUUUUUCAAGAGAAAAGCAUUGCCACAACAGGGGACUGAACAGGAGCAGGCUGAACAAGAGGGUCUGUGUGAGAAUCCAGCAUGAACAAGCCACUGUGAAAAAUGAUGUCACCUCGAAAUGUACAGAUAAAUAACUGAUAUUCAGUUUGCCGCCGUUUAAUUCCUGCUGGAGGUCUUGAUGAUAUUUUUGUAUUUUUUCACUGCAGUGGACUUGCUCGCUCUGGCUUCAGUCGUGUGCCGUUCUCAAAAGUAUGAGAAAAUGAGUUUCUACAUGCAUGAGAGACAGAGGAGAAGGGUGCAGUUUAUGUCUCUGUCAGUUCCUGCUUUCUGAACAAUCGCGUUGAGACUUGCUUCAGUAUGCACAAAGUUCUCCAAAAAAGAAUACAAAAGAAAAGAUAAAGAUUUUUUUAAUAAAUCUAUUGCAGGUCUCUAUUGCCCCUGUGUAUUCGAUGCAGACAAGUGAGUCUAGCUCACUGCACAAACUCAGUAUGACACACACUGUGGUUUUAAUGCCUCGAUGUGAAAUAAUUAUUAUGAAUGACUUUUACUGUUGUGAUUGAAGUCCUGAGGGCAGAUUAAAUGAUGUUUUUUUAAA